AUGGAUGGUUUCGACGCUGUGUGCUUGUCAUUGAAACAGAAGAUAAAAAGUAUUGUACCCGUUUAUGGUAUCUCUGUCGAUGUAGGAGCUGGCUUCUACAGGCAAUUGUUCGAUGAAGUUAAUACGUUGGUUAAAAUUAAAAGAGGAUCACACAGCCGUGUGGUUAUGCAUGGUAACACAAAUUAUGGUUUUGUUAAGCCACUCAAUGGCGAUCGUAGACUUGGAACAAAUCAAGUACAAAAAAAAAAAAAAAAAAAAAUGGGCCUUUCAUCUAACUGA